GUCCUGGGAGAGCCGGCUGAGGUUCUGACCUCGCUGUGUGUGUGCGUGCACAUCUGGUGUGUCCGCGGCGCCGGCAUUUAUCAGCGGCGUCAUGUCAGCUAAUGAUUAAUAUCGCGGGGGCCCGUCAAAUGCGGCGCACACGCUCGACACGUACUUUGUGUUCCCUCCCGUCUCGUUCCCGGAAACAAAAAGUUCCAGUUUGCGUCAGAGGUCGGACCAAUUCUCGUAGAAUUUGCGCUCCCGCAAAGGCAAUGUGGCCUCCAAACGGGCGCCACGGGCCACUGACGGUCGCCGGCUCGGAUUGUGCUGCGUCCAGCGUGGGGUUGGGGCUUCCUGUCGGUGACGGUGAUCAACCUGGCGGCGUUGCUGGGCCUGCUGCUCAUCCCGUUCACCGCAAAGUCCUACUUCCCCAAAGUUCUGACUUACUUCAUCGGCCUGGCCAUCGGGACGCUCUUCUCCAACGCCGUCCUGCAGCUCAUCCCCGAGGCUCUGGGCUUCGACCCGAAAGCCGACAACUACCUGUCCAACGCCAUCGGCAUCUUUGGAGGCUUUUACCUUCUCUUUGUGGUGGAGCGGAUCCUCACCAUGGCGCUGCGGGUACAACACCAGCACGGCCAGUCCCACUUUGUCGCGACCGGCGACCCGCUGCCGAACGGCGACGCCAAAGACAAGAAGGACUCCGGCCUGGUUCUGACGAGCAUCAGCGGCAGCGGCAGCUCGGCCGAGCGCGGCAGCGCCGACGUCGACGUCUUUCCCGAGCAGGACUUGCAGGCGGCGAGCGCCACGUGCCGCUGCCUCGGCGGCCGGCGGCUGGCCGGCGUCAAGACGGUGGCCUGGAUGAUCACGCUGAGCGACGCGCUGCACAACUUCAUCGACGGCCUGGCCAUCGGCGCCUCCUUCACCGUCUCCACGCUGCACGGGUUCAGCACGGCCACCGCCAUCGUCUGCGAGGAGUUCCCGCACGAGCUCGGCGACUUUGUGAUCCUGCUGAACUCGGGCAUGAGCGUGGCGCAGGCGGUCUUCUUCAACCUGCUGUCGGCGCUGGCGUGCUACGCCGGCCUGGCGUUCGGCAUCCUGCUGGGCAGCAACUUCGCCCCCAACGCCAUCUUCGCCAUCGCGGGCGGCAUGUUCCUGUACAUCGCGCUGGCCGACAUGUUCCCAGAGAUGGACGCCAUCGCCCAGGAGCAGAAGCGCACCUCCUCCAAGGUGGUCUUCUUCCUGAUCCAGAACGCCGGGCUGCUGAGCGGCUUCGCCGUCAUCCUGCUCAUCACCAUGUUCGUCGGCGACAUCAAGCUGGGAUGAGCGCCGCCCACCGGAUGAAACGCCCAAAAAAUGCUUUUCGCUCGCCUUCAUCUCCGAGUGCCCACAUUCCAAAAUUGUUUCAUACAAACAAAAACCAAAUGACCUCCACACACAAUAUACAAUCAGUUGAGUUAUGAAAUUUACUCGGAUUUGUCCGAAAGAGACAGUGGAUUAUUGUUGUUGUCCCCCCCUACUGAAAUAUUGUAACAUAUUCUGCUGGUUGGUGCUGUAGUCUAUUGUUUUUAUUUUUAACCUCUAAUUUUCUUUGUAGAUUUUUUUUUUUUUUUUUUUGUGGUUUUAACGUUGCUGUAUGAUGAAACUUUAUUUUAGGAGCCUUUACCUUAACGACACGACCUAGACACUUAUUUGACGUUGUUUACGUUGCUUUGCUCAGGGUUUAUUCAGAUCGCACUGACAGAAAAUGUGACUGCGUGAAUCGGACAUGCGUGCAAAAUCAAUGACCACAAAUAUUAGUCUCUUUUAAAUAUUGUACAUACUAACGUCACGAGUGGUUGAGUAAAACCGUUCAAGGUUAUAGCGCUUUAAAAUGAUCAUUUUUAACUGCUUUAUAUUUUGACAUUUAUUUAAAGCGUGUUUAUGACAUUUUUAAUCUGAUGCAAAAAAAAAAAAAACAUUUUUGAGGGAAAUAUGGAGAUUGUUAAGAAUAGUUUGUUAACCUUGGCUAAACGUACUGACAUUUGUUUCUGGAUAAAUAAACAUAUUUGUGCUACUUGAUUGGAAACGCACUUUAAACAGUUUUUUUGGGUCAUUUUUUAAAAAUAACAAAGCUGGUUCACCCUGUAAAUAUUGAACCGUCGUCACUUUUUAUUUCAAAUCACAUAAUUUUAGAGAAGGUUUUAUAAUCGUGUUUUUUUUUACCUUCAUUUACACUGAAAAUAUUCACAUUUUAUGUUUACAUAAAUAAAACGCAGCGCAAACUGGAUCUGCGUUCACGUUCCUC